UUGUCCACAGAAAUUCACAACAGCAGACAAGAUCCUAUCACCAAGAAUUACGAGACUAAAACCCAAAUGCCCGUAAAUUACAACGUCAACAACGGAACUUACUCCGAAAACCACAACCUCUUCCAAAUGAUCAAGUGUCAUGAAGACAGCCUUCUAAGACUCCAUCAUUUGACAGCAGGUCGUCAAAUCAACGGCAACUAUGAACCGACAUACCAAAACGAUAUCACUUGGUACCAAAAAGACUUGCAACGCCAGUACAUCAAACCUAGCUAUAUGGCUUAUGAAGACAUGAGACGGAAGUAUGACGAAGUAAAGGGUGCGAAAGAGAAAGAAGUUCAGAAGGAAUCGGAGGAAGAGAGAGAGGGUAAGGCUGAUGAUAGGAAGAAGCCUAGAAGAAAUAGGACAACGUUCACAAGUCAGCAGCUGGCCGCUUUGGAGAAAGUUUUUGAGAAGACUCAUUACCCUGAUGCCUUCGUAAGGGAAGACUUAGCUGCGAGGGUUAAUUUGACGGAAGCCAGGGUACAGGUAUGGUUCCAAAACAGAAGAGCAAAAUUUCGACGAAACGAGAGGUCUGCUAUCUCCAGUCAUAGAAGUUCGACCAGCCAGAGUUCGCCAGAGCCAAUCCCUGUCCCAAUAGGGAUUCCCCACCAAGUUGAGCCACGACAAGACUUCCCAAGAAAUACCAAGGAACCCUGGCUGCAUCAUUUUCAAGCCAAUAACUUAAAUCUAAAUCUGGGGCUCCCAAUACCCAACUCUGGUUUAUAUCAAAAUGACUACUCUCUGAUGAUGCAGAAUAUGGGCAGUAGGCAAUAUGUGCCCAAUUCUAAUACUCUGAUGGGGCAAAGUAUGGUUAGUUAUGGUGGGCCAAGUGAAAAUAGCUACGGAUCCUGUGCUCUGAUUGGUGGCUACAGUGGACCAUUGCAACCAGCUCAUCAUAGUUCGUACAAUCUGAAUUUAAGAUUGAGACCACAUGAUUUUAGUGUAAAUAAUAUAAGUUUAUGAUAUUUGACCU